AUGCAGUUCUCCACUCUCCUCUCUGUCCUCGCUGUCGGCAUCCCCGCAGUAGUCGCCGAUUUCUGCGGUCAAGCCCAGGAGCCUCGAGGACGCGACGCAAGCAACGGUUUCGUCUUCAGCCGUGACGCGAACGACGCCUCCAAGUGGAAGUGGGAGUCUAGGACGCGAGACCUCCCAGUCGUCACUACUAUCAACCAGGACUGCCAAGUUCACCAGGGCGGCGGUGGUGGCGACGCAUACGCCGCUACGAUCUGCAUCGACUUCAGCGGCAACUACGCCUGCUGGACGACGCCUCCCAAGAACCAAGUCUGCGAUCUUGUCUUUGAGCAGAACGAAGCCCCGCUUAAUGUUUGCGGUGAUAUCAAGAACGUUUGGGGGUGGACUCCUUAG